CGGGGCGGGGCGGGGACGCGCGGGCCCGGCGCGCGCGCGCGCGACGCCGGCAGCCCGCCUGGGCCCUGACGCCGCUCGCGCCCCCGCCGAGGCCGCGGUUCCCGCGAGCAUCAAGGGCGUGGCGGCGAGGCUGCGGGCGGCCCGAGCCGCGCCGACUGUGCCCCGGCUGCCGACCGCGGCGUCUCCCCAGGCCCGGCUCCUCGCGGCGGCCCGGCUCCCGCGUGGCCCGUCGGGCCGCUCCGGCCUCGCGCCUGCCCGCCUGCCUUCCUCCCUGCAGUGGCCAAGCGCGCAGAUGCCUGGUAGACACCUUAGAACUUUAAAAACGGAAAAGACCUGCUUUUAGGGGAUAAUGCUGAGGGACACUAUGAAAUCUUGGAAUGACAGCCAGUCAGAUCUCUGUAGCAGUGACCAAGAAGAGGAAGAAGAGAUGGUUUUUGGUGAAAAUGAAGAUGAUUUGGAAGAGAUGAUGGAUUUCAGCGAUCUGCCUACCUCGCUCUUUGCUUGCAGUGUCCCUGAAGCAGUGUUUGAGGUGCGAGAGCAGAAGGAGAGAUUUGAAGCACUUUUCACUGUCUAUGAUGACCAAGUGACAUUUCAGUUGUUCAAAAGCUUUAGAAGAGUCAGAAUAAAUUUCAGCAAACCAGAAGCAGCAGCAAGAGCGCGAAUAGAACUCAACGAAACAGACUUCAACGGGAAGAAGCUGAAGCUGUAUUUUGCACAGGUACAGAUGUCCAGUGAAACACGGGACAAGUCGUAUUUACUGCCACCCCAGCCAGUCAAACAGUUCCUCAUCUCCCCUCCCGCGUCGCCUCCGGUGGGGUGGAAGCAGGGGGAAGACGCGACACCUGUUAUAAAUUAUGACUUACUCUGUGCAGUUUCCAAACUGGGACCAGGAGAGAAAUACGAGCUCCAUGCAGGAACUGAGUCGACACCCAGCGUGGUGGUUCAUGUCUGCGACAGUGAAACUGAAGAGGCAGAAGAAACAAAAAACCCCAAACAGAAAAUUACCCAGACGAGGCGCCCCGAACCUCCAGCCGCAGCACCGGCGAUUUCAUCUCAAAAACUGUUGUGAUCGAAAGUGAAGACUAGCUUCUCUCAGAACCUGAGCCACUGUGCUGAAGGAGGCUUUGGAAAAUGACGUACUCUACUCCUCCUGUGACACAGACGAGAAAACUGAGGUGAUGCCACUUGUUUCAAAGCUCGCAGGGACUAGCUUGCAUUCCCAGCUCCCAUGUUUGGGCCUUUUCUACUUUUUUCUUGCAUAGGCCUCUUUAGAGGCCCUCAGAAGCAGUGAAUCUCUGUCAUAAGAAAACAAACAAAAAAAAGGGAAAAGAAUUCUAUCUCCCCCUGAAGGGAUACAGUGAACAAGAAACAUCAGAUGAAGGUAGUGACUUAGUAAUUUCAUGAGUGAAGUUAUGUUCCGUGUUUGUGUUUCUGUUGUCAUCGUGCUGUUGGGAUUGGAAUCCCAUUAAAUAAUGGCAUUUUGGUAGCCAGCAAUUAUGUUGACAUUUUGUGUGGGCUCUCCUAGAUUUUAGUCAUAACGAGAUUAAAAUAUAAACAGUCAUACUUGAGAUGUGACUCUCAGGAAGCAGUGUGAGAUCUCGUCGGAUUUGGAAACAGUUUGCAGUGGAAUGACACCAUUACCCAGUGCUUGUAAAAGGUUGAAGACUGACCUGUGCUUCAUGUUUUUAGAUAGACUCGUUUACAGACCAUAGCUUUAUUUUUAAAAGGGAAGAUCUCAAACAUAAUUAAGCAGUGGAAAAUGUAUGCUUUUCUUUGGUGCAUCAAAGUUCCCUGUCUGCUGGUAUCUGCCUUUUCUCUGAAGAUGUGUACUUUAAAACCUGUCACCCAGGUGAACGUGGUCAACCUUCCUCCCCCCCCCACCCCCCCACUGUGCUCCUGUUUUCCACCUACAUUUGCAUCGUCCUGUAUGAAAGGAAACAAAUUACUUUACCCGUGUGACAAUAUAAAGGAACAAAAGGUGAGGGGAUUCAUUCCUCCCAGCUGGAAGGUAAGUCCAUUGUAAUAGAAGCUCACUUUUUAACAAGUUAAAUACAUUUGAAGAAAAAGGUUUAUGAACCUUGUUCAACAAUAUGACAAGGACUCGUUUGCUUUAUAAACUCCCCUUGGGGUCCGGGCCAGCCAGAUCAUUUUCAUUGGAACGCCAUCGUUGUGUUUAACCAUGAAUCGGGAAAAUGCCAAUACCUUGAAGAGUGUUGUUUUUAUUACCAAAUACACAAGCCACAAAGCAACAGGAAGUUGCUACAACUGCUAGGUUUUACCGACCAAAAAGAUCAUAAAAAUGGUCACGUUCAAAAUAGAAGUUUCCAGCCAAGCUUAAGAAAAACGAACAUUGAGCUGAGUCCAAGUGUCUCCAUCCCUUUAAACAGAAGUGUAAAGACCUUUUACUACAUUAGACACGUGGUCUCUCUUGUAAACUGUGUUUCCUUUUGAAGCAAAAUCAAUUAUGGGCUGCAGACCCUUGGAGUUUCCUGCACCGCUUCGACUGAAUGUUCAUUCUGUCAUAACGGAAGGUCUCUAUGCAGAUAAUACGCGCUUUCCUGUAUUGUUUCCUAUUUAGUGCCCAGGCUGCCUCCCCCAGGCUGGGGACUGCGGAGAGAGAAAGGUGGCUACUCAUGUGGCUGCGCUAUCCUCUUCCCACUGCUUGUCACCCCGAGGUGGGGGCCCCAGACAGGAGGGAUCCACGUUUCUGCUGCCAGCGCACAUGUCCUCCAACUUUAUCUUCAUUGAACCCAGGAGGUGGAUUGCCAUUUUAUGUGAACAUGUUUGUGAUCUUGUGUUACCUUCAUGGGCACGUUACUUUUCUGGUACUAUAAAUUAUAGUGAAUAUUCAUUGUACUUCCGAAAACUGGUCAGUAAUUUAUAUACAUGUAUUCCGUAUUUUAGUGUGCUUGAAGUGACCGUCCGUAAUUCGUAGUAGUUCGUUACUUGUCAACUUUGGCUAUCCUGUAUUUUUAGGACAUGUAAACGUUCCUUGUCCUAUCAAAGUGACAAAAGCAGAAUGUAAUUUUUUUGGAAUCCUUGUGAUUACUUGUAACAAGUUUUGUUUUUAAAGCUAAUAAAAAUAAAAUUAGG